GGGUGUCCCGGGGUUUGGGGUCGGUGGGCGCCGCUGGUCCAGGGCUGAGCCGCUUCUCUCCUCUCCCUCUCGCCAUGGACACUGUGCAGCUGACAGAGGAGGAGAUGGCUGAAGUCAAGAAGGAAGCUUUAGAAAAGCUGAGGCCACAUUUGUGUGGUAAAAUCACUGCUGAUAGACACUUUGACUACUUGAGGGCAAAGAAGAUACUUUCAAGGGAAGAUACAGAAGAAAUUUCUAACCAGCCAACAAAUACGAGAAGAGCAGGAAAACUAUUGGAUUACAUAGCGGAAAACCCAAAGGGCUUGGACACUCUAAUUGACUCCAUCAUACGUGAAAAAACGCAGAUUUUUCUCAUUCCAAAAAUAACAGACGAGGUGCAAAGAUGUAAAAAUGACAGAAUAAUGCAAAAAGGAUCAUCGAUUUUAUCCAGUUACAUAAUGUCAAAAGACGAGUCUUCAACAAACAACCUAUCCAGAUUGUCCUCAUUCGAGCCUAGCAUUCAAAAGAGGGUAGAUGCGAACAUUCUGUUUCACCCUGAAGGAGAGGUCAGUCCAGGAGCAUCGCUUUUGUAUUCUUUCCCUUCCUUAAGUUUGAAAUCUGGAUCUACACUAGAGAAAGCAACUACGAUGAGCAACAUGGAAACCAUGCCAGCAACAUUAUCUCUGCCCAGACCAGGAGAGCCAGGAGCCCCUCCUCUUCCCGAUGAACUACAAGCUGAAUCUGAGGGAACAUGUAGCAAUUCCAGUGAUGAGUUUUUACCGUUGAGAUCACGUUCUCCUUAGUCUCUUGUAGCUGCUCUCACUGUUGCCAUGCACACUGGGAAAAGGACAAUGAUAUUGAAAAAUGAAGAUGCAUUGCAUUAAAUAGUACGACUUCUAAGGAAUGCAAUUUCAUUUUUAUCCUAGAACAGUAAAUAUUUAGAAAUUAUUCACAUCUUUUUUUUUUAAAAAAAAGUUUUCUACACAUACAA